AUGGAUCCAAGUGGUCGCUGGGCGGACCUGGCGGCGACAAGGCACCCAGGGACCCAGAACGUCAGAACGUGGCUAGCGGUUCGGCACGAAAGCCUUCCGCAAUGGUGGUAUGUAGGAUCAUCUUUGGAGUUUCGCACGAACAAGGGUAAGAUCUUCCGCCAUGUGGCUGGCUGGGGCAGUGGCGAGGAGGAAGACAUGGUGUGCUUCAAGUCAAAGCCUGGCAAAUGCAUUGCUCGGUUGCAUCUGCAUGAUGGCGAGCUCCGAGGCAUUGUCGAAGAUGACUGCCACGUGCCAGAGGGCACGGAGCUGGAGAUGUUCAUGGCUUACUGGACCCAACCGCAGGAGAAUGAAGCCAGCGGGGUGCGAGAGGUUCACUGCCCGAAGGGGCACAUUAUGCGACAGGACUGGUCAAGGACUGGUCACAUUUGCGAUGAAUGUUCCCGUCGUGGCACGGCUGCCCGCUGUGGGGGAGGUUGUGACUACGACUUGUGUGAGAUCUGCUACAAGCACCAUGCGCAGGGCUGGGCCUCUGCUGUCCAAAAGAGGCAUCUGCCGGAUGGUGCAGGCAACUGCAAGGUCUCGUUCAACAGGACCGGGCAUGCGCUGCCCCAGCUCGGCACUUGGAAUGAAGUUUGGUCGCCUCCAGAUGCUCGCAGCUGCAGAUGCGGGCGAGUUCAACGUCAGCAAGUGGACGACGAAGAGCUCAUCGGUCAAGGGGAUGUUGGCCUGGCUGAGAAGGAUGCCCGAAGACAACGACCGGACCUUUGGUGUGGCGAGUGCUGUCCCUGUUGGAUUGGCGGAGGCCACAUGAAGGGGCAAGAGGCCGCGGGUGUUGAAAGCUGGCGGAGUCUUCGGAAGAGCGAGCUGCAGCAGCUGCAGCUCGACCUCGGCGAGGAGAACCUGUCACAAACCGAGACGCAGGAGGAGGAUGUAGAUCUCCAGCAGCCAACACUUGAAGCUUUGACACGCUUGGUGCUUCAGGAGGGAGCGGGAAAAGCGAAAGAAGACCCAGAAGACAUUGAAAACUGUGGCGUUGCGCUUACAGCAGCUACAAAGCAGGCCUCCUUUGUGGGAAGCUGUGCUGUUUGUGUUGGCAACUUUGGUUUGGUGGUUGCAUGUCUAGGUGCCUAUGUGGCUCCUGGAGCCUCUGUCAUUGGGCGGUUCUGCUUCGCUGUUUGCUGGGGCAGGUUGCUGAAUCGGGUUUAUCUCAGCACAGCAGAAGUCGCCGGACAGCGACGACAAGACGACAAGCAGGGCGAGACAGGGGCCGAUGAUGAGAUCGAGUGGCUCAUGGGCUGUCGCUGGUUGCAAUUGGUGCUUUGCACGAGCUGGGGAUUCGUGCCUGCUAGCGGCACAGCCAGUUUGAUCCCCGAGUUGAUAAAGGCCGCUGAGCGUCGUUUCGCCAUAGAGAGGCAUUGCCUUGCAGCUGACAUCCGUGAUGGGGAGUAUGGAUUCUACCGCAAAAUCCGUUACGUGGCAAACAAGGAACGGUUUGCGAAGGAGUUAUUCCCCUUUGACGAGACCUUGAAUCAGUCGGCUGUUGCAUCGUCAUACGGUUCAAAGCUUAGACGGUCAGCUUGUGACGCAUGGCAGCCAGUUCUGGUCUCAGGUGGAGCGGGAAUCGCAUUUCCUGCAUUUCUUGUGCUCCUGGACAUUUGGAUGCUCAGGGCGCCUUCCACUGGCGCCAGGCGCUCAGUGAUCUUGGGCCUGAUGCUGGCUGCAGUGGUGCAGGGUGUGGCCAUGCGCAACAAGCAGAACUACGAGAUGCGAGCUGCGAUGUUUGAGCAUCUACUCGCACAAGACCAGGCUCUUUAUGAUACAUUGCGCCAGCGCGAUCUGGUGCGAAAAGUGGAAUUGCGGGCACUCAGCGAGGUCACUGAGUGGGUCUGGGGGAUGACUGCAGAUACUGUGAAGCUUAUCACACAGAUGGUUUUCCUCUUUGCAAUUUCGCCCCUGAUGACGCUGACUUAUACAGUUUUACUGCCCACAAUGGAGCAGGCCAUCCGAAGGUGCUGGGAGGGAAGCCUCCGAGCGCAGCUUCGCAGAGAAGACGGCUUGCAUGCCACGUCGUCCAACGUGGUGCAUGAAGCUGUCUCUAUGAUCAAGACUGUGAAGUGCUUCAGCAGAGAGGACAAGCACAUUGCAUUGGUUUCGCUGGCAGCCAAGGAUGUGAUGAAGGACGUCUCCCUAGAUGGAAGCCACUGGUCCUCGAGGCUACGUGGAUUCAAGCAUGGAGUUGCACGCCUGCUUCCAGACAUCUCGCAGCGCGGUGUUUAUUGCUUUUGCUUGUGGUGUGGCUUGGUGUGGAUGGAGCGCGACUUUUCGGCUGGCGACAUGACUGCGUACUUGCUCUUGAUUCAGCAGGUAGGUGGCCUCGUGCAGCGCGUGCGCCACCAGUUCCUAGAGUUACAGCGCCGUCAUGACCUUCUGCUAGACCACUUUGAGUUCAUGGACCGCAUGCCGCAAGUCGUGUCCGGUACGCACACGGCUGAGGUUGGUGGAGACAUUGAGUUCCGCGAAGUGGAGUUUGCAUACCCCGCGCGCCCUGAUGUUCAAGUUCUGAGGGGAGUUAGCUUCCAAAUGGUUCGUGGCCAGAUGACCGCUCUGGUUGGGGCAUCUGGCAGCGGGAAGAGCACAAUUGCCAGCUUGGUUUUCCGUCAUUAUGACCCACUGGUUGGUGAAAUCUUCAUUGAUGGGGUGACUCUUCCUGACUGGGAUACAUGCGCGCUCCACUCGCAGAUGGCCUUGGUAGCGCAGCAGCCUUUGCUCUUUGACACGAGCAUCCGCAACAAUCUUACCUAUGGUUGCCGAAGGGAUGUCCCUGAUGAAGAGAUUGAGGCAGCUGCUCGCAUGGCUUCAGCCCAUGAUUUUAUACUUGGCUUCCCGGCCGGCUACGACACUUACGUAGGAGAUCAAGGUGCUCAUAUCUCUGGUGGCCAGAAGCAGCGGCUCAGCAUUGCAAGAGCCGUGAUUCUGAAGCCGCAGAUUUUGGUGCUCGACGAGGCCACUAGCGCUCUCGAUGCAGAAGCUGAAGGGGCUGUACAGGAUGCGCUCGACACGGUCAUGGUCGGAAGAACCACGUUGGUCAUUGCGCACCGCCUCAGUACGAUUCGCAAUGCUCACAGCAUCGUUUGCAUGCGAGAUGGGCAGAUCGUGGAGCGUGGUUCUCCCAAGGAGCUUCUGGCCCGACAGGGAUACUACUGGAGCCUGGUGCGCCGCCAGGUUUGCACUCUUGAUGACCUCUCCGAGUUUAACUUAGCAUUGGAUCAACAUCCUGCAACCCAGACCGAGGUGAACCCGGAAAAGGCAGACAAA